CUGCGAGCCCAGAAGCGGGGAGAAGUUGGAGAGGUCGGGAGGGGAGGGUAGGAAGAAUUUGAAGCCAGACCCCCGCCCUGGUCAGCUGAGCCCCCGAGGAGCGUCUCUGCAGUGUCCAGGCCGAGUGUGGACGCGCCGCGCGCGGCCCCGCCAGGGCUGAGAGUUUGCAGACCGUCCCUGCCGCGGCCCGCUCGGCGGCGGCGGCCCUGCGGCUCCCGCGGCUGCCGCGGCGGCCCCGAGCUCGAUCCAGCCCAGGUAGCCCCGCCGCAGGCUCGGGGUGCCGCGACCCCGUGCCCCGCGGAGCCUUGCCCCCCCCCCCCCCGGGGACGGCAGCUGGCAGGCACUCCCGGCUGCCGCUGCUCAACAAGGAGGAGUGAUUACUGCUCUAUAGUAGACAUUGGAGGCGGAUCCAUCAGGCCAUCAGGAUGGAAACGAGGAAAGGAAAUCGGCUGACGCAGGAGCCCGAGUGAGACGAAGAAACCCACAAGCCCAGCCUACACCAUGAACUUGUGUCUCCUUUCCACACUGUAAGAGCCCAGGGCAGGUGAAGUUGCCGGAGAGCAAUGGCUCUCUUUACUCCGUGGAAGCUGUCCUCUCAGAAGCUGGGCUUUUUCCUCGUGACUUUUGGCUUUAUUUGGGGUAUGAUGCUCUUGCAUUUUACCAUCCAGCAGAGAACUCAGCCCGAGAGCAGCUCCAUGCUUCGGGAACAGAUCCUGGACCUCAGCAAGAGGUACAUCAAGGCGCUGGCAGAAGAAAACAGAAAUGUGGUGGAUGGGCCCUACGCGGGGGUCAUGACAGCUUACGAUUUGAAGAAGACUCUUGCUGUGUUGUUGGAUAACAUUUUGCAGCGCAUUGGCAAGUUAGAGUCAAAGGUGGACAACCUCGUAAUCAAUGGCACAGGGACAAACUUGACCAACUCCACCACAGCUGUUCCCAGCUUGGUAGCACUUGAGAAAAUUAAUGUGGCAGAUAUCAUUAAUGGAGCUCAAGAAAAAUGCGUAUUGCCUCCUAUGGAUGGCUACCCCCACUGCGAGGGGAAAAUCAAGUGGAUGAAAGAUAUGUGGCGCUCGGAUCCCUGCUACGCAGAAUACGGAGUGGACGGGUCUGCCUGCUCUUUUUUUAUUUACCUCAGUGAGGUUGAAAAUUGGUGUCCUCAUUUACCUUGGAGAGCAAAAAAUCCCUACGAAGAAGCUGAUCGUAAUUCAUUGGCAGAAAUUCGUACGGAUUUUAAUAUUCUCUACAGUAUGAUGAAAAAGCAUGAAGAAUUCCGAUGGAUGAGACUACGGAUACGGCGAAUGGCUGAUGCGUGGAUCCAGGCAAUCAAGUCCCUGGCAGAGAAGCAGAAUCUUGAAAAGAGAAAGCGGAAGAAAGUCCUUGUUCACCUGGGCCUCCUGACUAAGGAAUCUGGAUUUAAGAUUGCAGAGACAGCUUUCAGUGGUGGCCCUCUUGGUGAAUUAGUUCAGUGGAGUGAUUUAAUUACAUCUCUGUACUUACUGGGCCAUGACAUUAGGAUUUCAGCUUCACUGGCGGAGCUCAAGGAAAUAAUGAAGAAGGUUGUAGGAAACCGAUCUGGCUGCCCAACUGUAGGAGACAGAAUUGUUGAGCUCAUUUAUAUUGAUAUUGUAGGACUCGCUCAAUUCAAGAAAACUCUUGGACCAUCCUGGGUUCAUUACCAGUGCAUGCUGCGUGUCCUGGACUCAUUCGGCACAGAACCAGAGUUCAACCACGCCAACUAUGCCCAGUUGAAAGGCCACAAGACCCCCUGGGGCAAGUGGAAUCUGAACCCGCAGCAGUUUUACACCAUGUUCCCUCACACGCCAGACAACAGCUUCCUGGGGUUCGUGGUCGAGCAGCACCUGAACGCCAGCGAUAUCCACCACAUUAACGAAAUUAAGAGGCAGAACCAGUCCCUUGUGUACGGCAAAGUGGACAGCUUCUGGAAGAAUAAGAAGCUCUACUUGGACAUCAUUCACACAUACAUGGAAGUGCAUGCAACUGUUUACGGCUCCAGCACAAAGAACAUUCCCAGUUACGUGAAAAACCACGGGAUCCUCAGUGGACGGGACUUGCAGUUUCUUCUCCGAGAAACCAAGCUGUUUGUUGGACUUGGGUUCCCUUAUGAAGGCCCGGCUCCCUUGGAGGCCAUCGCAAAUGGAUGUGCUUUUCUGAAUCCCAAGUUCAACCCACCCAAAAGCAGCAAAAACACAGACUUUUUCAUUGGCAAGCCAACUCUGAGAGAGCUGACCUCCCAGCAUCCUUAUGCCGAAGUUUUCAUCGGCCAGCCACACGUCUGGACUGUUGACCUCGAUAAUCAGGAGGAGGUGGAGGACGCCGUGAAAGCAAUUUUAAGUCAGAAGAUUGAGCCGUACAUGCCGUAUGAAUUCACCUGCGAGGGGAUGCUACAGAGAAUCAACGCUUUCAUCGAAAAACAGGACUUCUGCCAUGGGCAAGUGAUGUGGCCGCCCCUGAGUGCCCUGCAGGUAAAGCUUGCUGAGCCCGGGCAGUCCUGCAAGCAGGUGUGUCAGGAGAAACAGCUUAUCUGCGAGCCUUCCUUCUUCCAGCAUCUCAACAAGGACAAGGACUUGCUCAAGUACGAGGUGACCUGCCAAAGCUCAGAGGUGGCCAAGGACAUCGUGGUGCCCUCCUUCGACCCCAAGAGCAAGCACUGUGUGUUUCAAGGGGAAAGGAAUGACCAAUUGAACUUAAUCGCUCCCCAGGAAGCCCCUUUCGGCGCCCUCUGCUGGCCAGGGUGGCUCCUCCACUGUCCAGUCCAAGAGGAUCAGACUCCCAGGCUGAUUGCAUUUGUGGAAAAUGGAGGAACGUGUUGGAGUCCGGUGUCUUUUUCAGAUCCUUUGGAUUCUCGUCAGCUGAAUCAGCAGUCAGUUAAGAUUGGAAUUUACCUUCUUCAAAGCAUCAUUUCCUCAGUUUUUCCCAAAUCUUGUGGAGCCUUCAGAUUACUCCGCAAGGCCCCUGCAUCCGGUGAGGCACGGCAGAGGGACGCAAGGGCAGCCGUGCGCUUGUGCGGCGGGCAGGGCCCCGUCUGGGUCCGUGGGGGGCAAGGAUGGUCCUGGAGGCUCAGAGCCUUUGCGGUGGUGGAGGGCUCCCUGGGCCAGCCGGCCAGGAACCUAGCACAGGCAGCCACCCCUGCCACAGCUGAGAUGGGGCAGACGUGGGACGCCUUUGCUCACCGGCCUGCCCGGGUAUGAACAGGACGAACAAGAGUGGAACAGUCAAUGCCAAAGGAGAUGGUGACGUCCUUUCUGCUGUAGUUGCUGUCACAGCCUUGAUGUCUGUAAGCUAAUGGCCAUUCGCGUCUGUGUCUUCAGCCAGCUCCUGGUACAACCAUUUUCUACUGUUCACUUCUGGAGUUAAGUAGUGCAGGAUUCUGCAAAUAAGGUGUUGCUGUCAAAUGUACUGUACCGGCGUAGAGGGCACUGCUUUGUUUUCCACUGUUGUAGAGAAAACUAGGGAGAACUUUAUUUUUCAAUAAACUUUUCUUGUGUGA